GAUUGAAUGAGUUGGCGAACAGUAGGGCAGCACUCUCUGCCUCCUGUGACCAGCUCCUUGACAUGGUGGGGGGCUUGAGUACUUCCUGGACACACAAGCCACCUCACUGUCUCUUGUGAAGCUGCUCGACAGGCAUCUUGCCACACGUGUAAAAGGUUCCGUCAGGAGUUUCAGAGACAUGAUGAAAUAUAAAUCAUUGAAAAAGAACACACAUUAAUAGAAAAAAUGCACUGCGGAAGUUGUGGUGUACUGGGAAGUGUUGAGUGAAUAUUGCCUACAGGUGUGUACAGGACGACCAGGUACACUCCAGGUGUGUACAGGACAACCAGGUACACUACAGGUGUGUACAGGACGACCAGGUACACUCCAGGUGUGUACAGGACGACCAGGUACACUCUAGGUGUGUACAGGACGACCAGGUACACUCCAGGUGUGUACAGGACGACCAGGUACACUCUAGGUGUGUACAGGACGACCAGGUACACUCCAGGUGUGUACAGGACGACCAGGUACACUCCAGGUGUGUACAGGACGACCAGGUACACUCCAGGUGUGUACAGGACGACCAGGUACACUCCAGGUGUGUACAGGACGACCAGGUACACUCCAGGUGUGUACAGGACGACCAGGUACACUCCAGGUGUGCGCUACAGCACCAGUAUUCUUUGUGAGUACAAGUGACAGAAACAUGGCUUGAGAAGUCUUAUACAUAUAUUUCGACUAUUAACAAAUAAUAUACAAACCUAUUUAUUAAUUCAAUAGCCUUGAUCGUGUGCGGCCCUCGGGUAUUGUUUAUCAAUUAUAUGUAUUAGUGAUAGUGAGAAGAGACUUGUGUUGAGGAUGAGACACGCUGAGUUGAGAAGCUGAGUGCAAUAAACACAAUAUUACUGUGUAAAACAAUUUAAGUGAACCUCUGCUGUGAAUGUUGGAACAUUAAAAACUAUUGAAUAACUUGGAGACUUGGUCUUAAGGCCGCCCUCCGUCUCUGGACACGGCUGAAUACGACGCCUGCUCUUUCCUGUUUGUGGCAACAGAGGAGUGGUACAUAUAUUGGCAGCUUACCUCACCUGUGAGCAUCACUGUAGCCCAGGCGUGGGGAGGGAGCCGCCGGCAGGUGCAGCAAGGCUAGAGUAAGAGGCGGAGCCCAGCUCGCUCUUGGUCUCCUCCUCUACAACAGGAAGAUGGCCUCUCCCUCCAGGAUGAGGCUUGGGCCGGGAAAACUCCCAGUAAUCCGCAGCAACAGCGACUCUCAGAGGAACAUUGCAAAGCAGAAUUUCAGAAACUUCUCGUUGAAAUGUCGACGUAUGGCGUGGGACGAGGAGGCGGUGACGGCCCAGCCACGGUCGUCCUCCCUCCGCUACUCCAAGGCCAACGGCUCCACGCACACCUCCCUGGGCUCCAGACCCUCCACUGGCGAGCAAACAGCCAAAAAGUCCAACUGGGAGGUGAUUGAACACUACCACAAGUCCGGUCUGGUGGGCACCUCAUCCUCCAGAAGCCCUACGGAGGAAGAGGCACCACAGGAGGAAGUGGAGAGCAUCCUACAAGACUCUGGAAGGUGGUGGGACUUUUGUGCGCUGUGUAGUCGCGUGUGCAAGUCGCACCAGUUCAAGAACAUCCACGUGGAGGUGCUCUACCAGAGAUACUUCCUGCGGAUGAACCAGUCGAACAUGAUCUCCCUUCUGGGGUUAAUGAUCGUGGUGGUGUUGGUGAUGCUGUGUCUCAUCUACAUCCUGGGCAUAGCCAAGUUCAUCUUCCAGGUCGUCACUCUCACCAUCUUCGCUCUCCUCUACCUGGUGCUAGAAGUCCUCCUGUGGCGGAUCAAACUCAACGAGGUCUACCUCAUCGUCUUCUCCUACCUGAUCCUCAUCUCAUUCUUCGGACUGGAGAUCUUGGUGACGCUCAGCAGCGAACCUCCGACGGCUUCUGCGGGAGUGUGGGCCACGCUCUUCUUCAUCUAUAUGACGUACACGUUGCUGCCGCUGAGAGUGCCUGAGGCCACGGCCGGAGGCAUCCUCCUCUCUGUCACCCACCUCGUCUGCGUCAUCACCACCAACAGCCAACACUCGCCCUUUCUCUGGAAACAGCUGGUGGCCAACAGUGCGCUGUUCCUGUGUGUGAACGUGGGCGGCCUCUUCACCCACUACCCCGGGGAGGCGGCCAGGAGGCAGGCCUUCAUGGAGACCCGCCAGUGUAUCGCCACCAGGAUCAAGACCCAGAAGGAGAACCACCAGCAGGAGCGGUUGUUGCUGUCCGUGCUGCCCAGACACGUGGCCAUGGAGAUGAAGUCUGCCAUCGCCGGCAUCCCCAAGGACACCAUGUUCCACAAGAUCUACAUCCACAUCCAGCGCCACGACAAUGUCAGCAUCCUGUUCGCGGACAUCUGCGGGUUCACUACUCUCUCCGACCAGUGCACCGCUGAGGAACUGGUGAGGCUGCUCAGUGAACUCUUCGCGCGGUUUGACCGGCUGGCGGCGGAGCACCACUGCCUGAGGAUCAAACUGCUGGGGGACUGUUACUACUGCGUCAGUGGACUGCCGGAGGCCAGACCGGACCACGCGCACUGCUGCGUCGAGAUGGGACUCGACAUGAUCGAGGCUAUUGCGUUGGUGCGGGAGGUGACAGGCGUGAACGUCAACAUGCGGGUUGGGAUCCACUCCGGCAGAGUCCACUGUGGCGUGCUGGGACUUCGCAAGUGGCAGUUCGAUGUCUGGUCCAACGACGUCACCCUCGCCAACUACAUGGAGUCAGGCGGCAUACCUGGAACAUCUGCUCCUGGAAUAACUGCGUCAUCCACUGAUCUCACAACACCAACUCCUGCUCCACCGGCCAAUAAAUCAUCUGCAGAUGCAACAUUAACUACCUCCAACAAAGAUGAAUCAUUUUCAUCAUCUGAUAAAAGAACGUGCGGUGAAUCGCCCUCUGCCUCCCCGGCGCCCUCUGCCGCCCCGGCGCCCUCUGCCGCCCCGGCGCCCUCUGCCGCCCCGGCGCCCUCUGCCGCCCCGGCGCCCUCUGCCGCCCCGGCGCCCUCUGCCGCCCCGGCGCCCUCUGCCGCCCCGGCGCCCUCUGCCGCCCCGGCGCCCUCUGCCUCCCCGGCGCCCUCUGCCGCCUCCUGUGCUCCUCAACAGCACUUUACCUCCUCAAACACAACGCAGUGCGCCAACCAGGAACUAACCAGAGCUCCGGUAUUGCAGCCUCACAUCAAGAAGACGUCAAUGUACAGCAUGAAUGGGAGCGUGAGCAAGGAGAUGCGCAUGAUCGGCCACUCCGACCCCAGCAAACAGAACACCAACAUCCACACCAAGUUAGGGUUGAGCGAGACGCAGGUGGGCAAGAACACGACGGAGGAGGUCAAUGACUACCUGGCCCAAGCUAUCGAGGGUCGCUCCAUUGACCAGCUGCGCAAGGGACACUGCCGCAGGUUUCUGCUCACCUUCCGCGAGUCCAAGGUCGAGGAAAAGUACUCUAAGGAGCGGGACAAGAUGCUGCCAGCGUACUUCGUCUUCUCCUGGAUCACCAUCAUCUCCAUCACCAUCGUUCAGCUCAUCAUCAUCCCCAGGUUUUAUGUGUCUGUGGGCGUACUGAUGGUGGGCGUCGUGGUCAGCACCUUCACUCUGGUCUUGGUGAUGGCUGAGAGCAGCGAGUGCGUGCCGGAGUGUUUCUCGAGGCUGAGCGUGGUGGUGGCCGGGAGCCGCACCGUCAGUCAGAUGUUGGCCUCCCUCCUGGUGCUGGCUCUCUUCCUCUGCUCCAUCACCCCCAUGUUCUUGUUGGACCUGGAUAGCUACCGGGACUGCUACCUUCAGGCUGGCGAAAACUCCACUAAUGUGACGUUUGGUGACCCCAACAUGACAGAGGAGUGGUGGGUGGUGUCAGACAUCCUCACCCUUCAGGCACCAAAGGUCGUCCCAGUACUCGACCAGUUCAACGUCAGCCUUGGAGACGAGGUCAAUGUGUGUCAUGAGGGCACAACAACACACUUUCCUGAUUACUUCACAUACUGUGUGCUGUUGGUGAUGGUGUCGUGUGCAGUGUACCAGCUAAUGUUUAGCAUCAUCAAACUUCUCUUGCUGAGUGCUGUGUGUGUGGCCUACAUCUCCAUGGUGCUCAUCACCCACGGUACACUCUUCGACAACCAGGACGCUCUCAUCCUCCUGAGCCGAGGGAAAGGGGAGCUGUUCAUGUCAAGGUACGUGACAGUAGCGGUGCUGGUCGGGUUCACCAUAGCCUUCGUCAUCCACGCGCGCCAGACGGAGGCCACCUCGCGCCUUGACUUCCUCUGGAAGCUCCAGGCUCAUGGAGAGAAAGAGGAGAUCGAGCAUCUGCAGGCAUACAAUAGGAAGCUAAUCGCCAACAUUCUGCCCGAGCACGUCGCCAUCCACUUCCUCAGUGUCGACAAGGCUCCUGAUGAGCUGUAUCAUGAGGAGUGUGAGAGUGUGUGCAUUCUCUUUGCCUCCAUCCCCAACUUCUCUGACUUUUACAUGGAGCUAGAGUCCAACAAUGAGGGAGUGGAGUGCCUGCGUCUCCUCAACGAGAUCAUUGCAGACUUUGAUGAGCUACUCGAGGAGGAACGUUUUAAAUACAUUGAGAAGAUCAAGUCAACUGGGGCAACAUACAUGGCUGCAGCAGGUCUAACAAAAGCGUCGAGAGACUUGAAAAACUUCAGUCAUGUCACAGCCAUGGCAGACUACGCUCUGAGGCUACGGGACCAGCUGGAGUAUGUGAAUGAACAUUCCUUCAAUAAUUUUAAAAUUCGAAUUGGUAUCAACAUUGGGCCGGUAGUGGCUGGUGUCAUAGGUGCUCGCAAACCUCAAUAUGACAUCUGGGGCAAUGCUGUCAAUGUGGCCUCGCGCAUGGACUCGACUGGGGAGUUGGAUAAAAUACAAGUCACUCAAGAAGUUUACCAGAUACUACACAAGAAGGGUUACCCACUUACAUGCCGGGGGGUGAUCAAGGUUAAAGGAAAGGGAGAUAUGAUAACAUAUUUUCUCAAUGGCAAAAGUCAUGAUACUAUAGAAGAAGACUGCCCAAAAACUGGAUCAACAAACUCCACAGAGAAUCACAAAUAGAAUCAAUGCCCGUAAUAUUAUCUAGCAUAAAUGAAACAAAUUUGGAACAGUGAGAUUUUGGAGUAUGAUGUCCAAUAAACUAAGUUGUUUAAGCUGACACUGGUGAGAGACAAGUGUGGAUACCUGUCUCGUGUAUAGUGUGUUAGUGCGGUACCUACCUCCUCCUGCUGAAUGAUGAGGAAACUGUGACUUUCAUUAAUAUUUGAAUAUAAAAGUGUUGUUUCAAGACAGAGUAAACAUCUUGCCGUUUGCACUAUACUGCAAACAUUACUUUUAUUUCAGUUUAACAUUUUUACUUACUGGUGAUGCAGUCUUACAUUUCCAUGUGAAUGAUGCCACUGAUGAGCAGCCUGUCACAUUUGUAGAUGUUCAGUGCAUAUUUAAGUGAGACUCCAGUUCUCAACUGAAGGAGCAAUUGAGACUGCUCCUUCACUUAGUGAAGAGAAUUUUUAUAACAUCUUAUAAUUGCAUCAAAUCAUCAAAACUUUAUAAUUAAGGGGUUUUGUUACCUGCAGACUUUGAUGACAUUAUAAGCAUCUCUAGUCCAGUCAUUAAAAGUUUUUGAAGAAUUGUACACUAUAUCCAGUGUGCCAUGUGUACUUUUUUCAUACAGUUGAAAGUGCCACAAGUAUCCACCAAAAUGUUAGGGCUCACCUUAUGGUUUCCCAUUGUUGGAGACAGGAAGCAUGCUACGCUAGCCAAGUUCCUUUAGGCCAAUCACUAAAGACCAGUAGUAUGCAGUACUACUGAGUACUACAUAUGAGCAGUAUGCAACAUAGUUGCCUAGCUCAUGGAUACCUAUUUACUGCUUGGUGAACAGACAAUCAAAUGAAAGGAAACAUGCCCAGCCGUCUGUCCCACCAAAGAUCCUUGGUGAUGAGCUGAAGCGGUAGACCCCUGUGCUACAGUUAUAUAAUGAAAGCUGGAAAUAAGUUUCUCUAGGGAUAUUUGUAUUCUCAUUAUGGUACUGUCUGAUGCAACUAGUCAUUUAUAUACAGAGGCAUCUGGGUAGUAAUCAGCAGCUUGAAACAGAUCUGUUUGUCGUCAGCUAGUGUCAAACUCAAUAGGCCCUCUUUACACAUUAAUCCAUAUUAAAAGGGAAUUAUUGUUCCUCUAUACUUUUCUAUUAUCAACACUAUGUUAUAUAAAUAUCAAUACUACAUAAGCCGCAUGAAAAUUUACACACGAUUAAACUUUUUUGUGAGAAAGCAUUUUAAACUUUGUAACAUGACAUUUUUCUAGGAUAAAAAUGUAAAAAGUUGAUAACUAUGAGAAGCCUAAAUGUUGUUUAGUGUUUAUGAAAUUUUGUAUAUAGGAAAAAAAUCUUAGUGUAUUAACAGUUGUCCAGUUCUGAAGGGGUUAUGUUGAUCAGAAUACAGUAUAUCAUUACUGUACAUGCAUGUACAGUACUUCACAAAAGUUUAAAAAUGGAUUAUGAUUAGUCUUCAGAUUUCUUAUUCCAUCAUUGAAAUUAUUGAAUGACAGCUGACUGCAUUAGUGUCAUAAAUUCAUUGUAAUUAUGCCUAGAUGAUGAUAAGAUUUUCUGUUUAUAAUGUAGUAUUUUGUAACUGCCUUCAUACAGUUUUGCAGUAGCUUCAUUUGUUCAGUAUGUCAAUAUCUGUUAAUAAGGUUUAAAUUUAUUGCUUAUUCAUAUUUUACUUAAUUUAUCAUUGCAGUGCUAAGUUUUAGUGUUAUUGAUCGUGUCUGCAACAUAGUGAUAUUCUAGAAUUGCAUGUCCUUGCAUACAGUUCUCAAGUGUAUGUUUAUAAACAAGCCUACUAUUUCAUAAUGUAUAUAUGGGAAUGGCCAACUUGUGGAUUUUCAAUGAAAAAUAUACCGUACCUUAUUGGAAAGGAAGCAGCUCAUGAACUACUGUACAUAUGUAUAUAGGAUAAGCUUCCAAUUAGUGUUUCAGAUAUAAUGAAUUCAUUUUCUAGGAGAGGCAUUUUAAGCAGCUGUUUUACGGCCAGCUCUAAUAUGCAAGCUUCAAGAACAGAUAUAUCUAUGGGACCAUGUAGUGUGCUUCAUAUAAUAAAAAAUCUUAUACCAUACAACAGGAUUUAUAUAGAGUAGCUUUGAUUUCUGUGUUGUGAUUUUGUUUGUGAACAUAUUUGUAAUAUGUAUAUAUAAUGAGCAGUAUCCAAAAGACACUUGUCCACAAUGAAUGAAUGAGGAAAUUAUACCAUGACAGGAAAAGUCUUUCCUGGUAGCAUGAGUGUAUGAGAUAUUUUAAUGGAAUAUACCUUGAGAGAGAGACAGGUAUACUAGGCAUAAUUAAUAAAAAGGGUAGGCUACUAGACUUGCGCUAUCCUAAUGAACACCAGUACCAGAAUCUGGUUAGCUCAUGGUAAGAGGGGAGCAUGUAGAUCUCAAAUUGAUCUCAUAGCCAAGUAAAAUCACCCAGAAAGUACAGGCAAAGCAAAAUAAACUAUCUUAAUGAAGAAAAAGGUAAGGGAAGCUGAAGUUUACCUAAUGUCAACAAACCAUGCAUUAGAAAGCAACCACACCUCCAAUUGGCAGCUCAGAUCACCAAGGUUUCCAUCUGCAUGCUCAUCGCACUCACGUGCAACCCCAAAGUGGUCCGAAUCCCCAUGAGAAAAAGGGGGCAAAGGAUACAGGGAGCUAAUGAGGCUGCCACCUUAAAAGCACAUUCCAAAUGGGACCUCAGAAAAAAAACUGGCUAUGGUGUAAAAUAAAAAAAAACUAAGACUAAAAAACUAAAAAAAAAAAGAUAGGACUGGCCUUUGAGGUAAGAUUAGAAUCCCAAGUUUAAUAAAAAUAUGAACUCUGUAAUUGAAAAAGCAUCCCAGGACCAAACAGCCCUGAAGAAGAUAGACAUCAAAAAUGUAAUAUGCAGCCAACUUUCUAUUAGACCACCAGGAUAUUAGUCAUGUACAUAUUAACAGCAUACUUGCACACAUCGUGUGCAACUGCAUUCACAUCAGGUUGGCUGAAUCAACCCACCUGAAGGACAACUUGAGAAAGACAUCAAGGAAACGGGAUUAACAAAAUGAGCAACUUGAUACAUGAACAACCUCCAUGCAACAGGACAGAAUGCACAAUGCACCUCUUUUUUUGACAAACUAAUCAUACACCACCAGAGGACCUCAUCUACUGCAAAUGCUCUGCAAUCAAGAAAAGGAGUAACAUGUAGAGGCAGCUGAUGGUUCUACACAGAGCCAGAGAGAUCCACCUGAGGGAGGCCAAACAUUUCAUAAAUCCAAAGGAAACCCUCUCCAUCCACCAGCACGGCCCGAAACCAAAGAAGAGCAAACCUAGAACAUACAGUAUUUGCAUAACCAAAUGAUCCACC